UGUUCAACAGCACAGGAAGGAUUCACUUUGUGAAUGAGCUGCUGCUGGAUGUCCAAGCGGAAGAGACUUUACGUUUUUCAUACUCAGCAGGAUGAUAUGUGCGGGUUUUAUAAAUAUAUAUAUAACUGUUAGUCAUAACGAAAUCUGUCAUAAAGUAUAAAACCUCCUGCUGAGUCUGAAACCAUGACAAGAUGAAGCGAUAUGGAGAUGCCAUAUCAAUUCAUUACAAGCUAGCUGAAGCUAACGGUUAGCCGUGGUGUUAUUAUGAAGCUACGAGGGGAAAGAUGCUUAAAAGAGGAAAAAAGGUGCAGGUCAGGUGUGAAAGGUACUCGGCGGCAGUGAGGAUGGUCACAGCUGGCUGAGAUUCACCCGCUGACCCAGCAGGUACAAUACAGGUUGAACAGAGGCAGGAGCCAUGAAAGAAGAGGGCAGGGCAGCGUGUGGAGGUGAGGCUCUGUUUGAGGACCUGGACUUUCCCGCUGAGGACACGUCCCUGUUCUGUGACAGCUCCACGCCCAUCGCCAGGCUGCAGGGAGACAUCAGCUGGCGACGCCCACAGGAGAUCUGCCAGUCACCAGCUCUCUUCCCUGACAACAUCAGCCUGGGUCAUGCAAAACAAGGUUUAUUAGGAGAUUGCUGGUUUCUCUGUGCCUGCACCUUCUUGCUCAAGAACAAACAUCUACUGAACAAGGUGUUGCCUCCAGACCAGCCUCAGUGGGGUGACAGCGGGUACAGGGGCUCCUUUCAGUUUCGUUUGUGGCAGCAGGGACACUGGACAGAGGUGACCAUCGACGACCGCCUGCCCUGUAUCAAUUCCACUCUGUGCUUCUCACGCUGCCACUCCCCCGCUGUCUUUUGGGUAGCACUGUUGGAGAAGGCAUAUGCCAAGCUUCACGGCUCAUAUGAGCAACUGUGGGCCGGCCAGGUGUCCGAGGCCCUGGUGGAUUUGACCGGGGGCUUGGCGGAGCGCUGGAGCUUGGGAGACUUUCAGACUGAGGAGGAGCAGAGACCAGAACAGGACAGUGACCAGGUGAGGAGGAGAAGGCUGGACCUGAACCUUCUGUGCCGAGUGAAAGACCAGUGUGCCAUCAGCUGCUCCACUCACAGCAGCCCUGGAGGUGCCAGUGAGCUGGGUCAGUACCAUGCACUGACUGUCAUGGAGUGGUUGGAUGUGAAGACGGUGUCAGGGAGCAAAGUACUGCUGCUCAGGAUCAGAAACCCCUGGGGAAGAUGCUGCUGGGGAGGGGCCUGGAUCGGAAGUGGUACCGGUUGGAGCUGCGUCGACCCUGCUUCUGCUUUGGACCUGCAAGCCAGGGUGGCCGAGGGCGAGUUCUGGUUGGAUGAGACUGAAUUCCUGUCCCAGUUUGAUGAUGUCACAGUGGGUUACCCCAUCAGUGAAGAGGGGCACCUAAAGAGCAUCUACACUGGAAAUCUGCUGACACACAACCAGCAGCUGGCUGGCCGCUGGAUGAAAGGGCACUCGGCGGGUGGGAGCCGAAACAGCAGCAUCUACGGCAGCAACCCUAAGUUUUGGCUCAAAGUGUGUGAGAGAGGAGAGGUGCUGGUAUCCCUGCUACAGCAUAGAAAAUGGAGGAACACAGAGAAAUACGCACAAAUGCCACUUGAGGAUAGCAAGAACACAAAGCACCAGCACUACCAGGCUAUCGCUCUACACAUGUGGAAGGUGGAGAAGAAGCGUUUUAAUCUCUGCCGGAUGUUGAACAAACCUCCUUGUGCUUCUACUCACUGCCACGCCUACGAGAGAGAAGUGGUCCUCCAUGGACAGCUUGAGCCCGGAUACUACCUACUGAUCCCCAGCACCUACCAGCCAGGAGCUGAGGCCCACUUCCUCAUCAGGGUCUUUUCUUCCUCUUCCACAUCCCUCAGUGCCCUGAAAAGCCCAGCACCUUCACUGCCAUUAACAACUGAUGGAGAGUGGGAGACCAGUUACUUCCGGGGCUCGUGGGUGGAGGGAAGGACGGCCGGAGGAAGCAGGAACUUCCUGUCUCACUGGCAGAACCCCUGCUUCCCUUUUACAGUGUGUGAUGAGUCAGCAGUGACAUCAGGAGUUAAUGUCAGGAUUACCCUGCACCAGAGCCGCCCUGACACUGAUCUGCACCCUAUUGGCUUCCACAUUUAUAAGUUGCCAGAGGGGGAAUCUGUGCAGACAUUACCCAGGGACGAGGAUCCUGUGGCCAGUUGUGUCCCUCACUGCUACACCCAGGAUGUCAGUCUUGCCUGCUGUCUUUCUCCUGGAGCUUACACCAUAGUGCCGUCCACUUAUCAGCCUGACUGCUCUGCACACUUCACCCUCAGCCUGGCUCGCAGAAUACACAGGAAAGUGGUGAAAAGCCAAGAGAGGCUGGGAAGAGCCAUUCAGGAGAUCUCUCACAUCUCUGUGAUGCAAAGUUAGUUCUCUGGGACUGUUGCUGCUCCACUGACGUCGCCUCACCUCCCUGUUCCUCUUGGCCCAUGAUGAAAGAACCAGUUCUCCCAUCCACCCUCACCAUGGAGGCUGUAUGUGUGUGCAUGUAUGUGUAUGUAUGCGUACCACCAGUGGCUGAGAAGGCAGGCAGGCGGGUAGAUUUAGUGGGAAUGUGUGUGUCGGGAAUCCUAGAAACCCUUUUAUCCUGAACCGCUGAGGCUCAGGGCUGAUGGGCAGCCACACACUCAUCGGCGAUUAGGACAUCAGAGGUUGUCGGUGGGCUGGGCUGCUAAUGAAGUAUGACGGGACUGGCUGGUGUAAACAAACAGCCGCCAUUGAAGAGGGCCGCCGCUGCUCUUGCUCAUUCACUCACUGGUGCGCCUGCCGGCCUGGAACAAAGGGCCCUCUCAUGAAGGUCCUCACUGAGGCACAGGGGGCAAGGGGCGAGGGGAUGGUCUCCGACAGCAGAGCCAACCAAACCACACCACACCAUACCGUGCCAUACCAUGCCAGAGCUUUCCUCCCAUCCCUAACCCCCAGACCCUCUGCUUCUUACCUAGCUUGCAUUUGAUUUGAGACACAGAUAAAGGGUUUUCUUAGUCCCUCAUCUCCAAAACCUGCUCAUCAUCCUGACUAAAACUAAAGUCAAGCUGGACCUAAAGAAGUCCACUUAGCUCCUGACUCCAUCCUCACCGCCCCCGCUCCCUUUUUGUCCCCCCAGACUCGGUCCACAGCUCUGCUUGGACCUGAACAGAGUCAUGGUUUGAACUUGCCGCAAGAACAGAUGACAAGCGGACGGAUGGAAGGGAUGAAUCGAGGGAUGCGGCACAUCAGAGGAGGCCGGUUGGUUCAUAUGAAGAAGCUGCCAGUCCUUUUUGUGUUGAAGCUGCGUGUGUGUGGUGGUGUGUGUCUGCCUGCUCGCACCCAUGUCUGUGUGUCGAAGUCACAGGGUUUCUGAUAAAUCAUUGGAGCCAGUGUUAACAGAGACUUUCACAAAGCUAUAAUUAACUGAUUAGAGUGGUACUGUAUUUAUUAUGUGUGUGUGUGUGUGGGGGGGUCAGCUCAGCUGGAUGACAUGUGAUGAAUAAAAUGUUAAAACACAA